CCCACGAUUUGUUAUUAUUAACAGAAGAAGCUGAAAGAUCUAAUUUUUGCGUGGGCUUUGAGAAUCAUCAAGCUUCAGUCUCCAGUUUGAAAAAAAAUGAGCUCUGAAAUUGCGUUGAAGGACAAUGCGAGAUUGCGAAGGGCUGCAUUCAGAAAGAGAGAAAGAACUCUUAAGAAGAACGCACGAGAACUGUCUGCUUUAUGCGGCACCCCCACGCUGCUGAUAUUGUUCGGGCCCGAGGAAGAAAUCAUUACAUGGCCUGAAAAACUGGGCGAAACCAAAGAUAUAAUCAAGAAAUACCAGGAACUUAGUCGACAUGCGAGUAACAAGCAUAACUUCACGUUAUCCGACUACCUUCAGCGACGAAAGAUGAAGGAUCACGAAAGAACAACUACAAGGGUCGAUGAUAUUACCUCGUCUGAAGAAGCGAAGGAGGCGAUAAGAUCAAUUGAUUCCACAUUGAAGGAAGUCGAAAAGAGGAUGGAUUUCUUAUCUCUCGAUAAAAAUUUGGAAAAUGUCGCGAUUGAAGAAGAGGAAAUAGAGCCAAAUUUUGAAUUUGGUUCGGUACUAACUCAUAAUAGUGAUGAGGAUGGAGAUGAUACUAUGGAGGAGUUUGCUUCAACUUCGACCGGAGAGAAUAGGAAACAAGUUACUUCAACUUCUGCGGAAGAAAAUAUGAAGAAAAUUACUUCAAGAGAAGAGAAAGGGAUGGAAAUUACUUCGACUUCGACGAAAGAGAGAAUGCAGACUGUUAGACUGUUUGGAAAGGAAAUAACAGUGAAUAGCAAAAUUUGAACUUUUUUCUUUCUUUUUUCCCUUUUUUUUUGCAUUGACAAGGAGGGCCAAAAAUUUUGUAACCAAGUAGAUGUAUCAUUCAUAAAGUCAAAUUAUUUUUUCUGCUAAAUUUUGG